AUGGCCGCCCUCAGUCCCCUUGUGAAGCCUAAGAUCGUCAAGAAGAGGACCAGGAAGUUCAUUAGGCAUCAAGGCAUUGACAACAGGGUGUGCAGAAGAUUCAAGGGCCAGAUCUUGAUGCCCAACAUCGGUUACGGGAGCAACAAGAAAACCAAGCACAUGCUGCCCAGCGGCUUCCGGAAGUUCCUGGUCCACAACGUCAAGGAGCUUGAGGUGCUGCUGAUGUGCAACAAAUCUUACUGUUCUGAGACUGCUCACAACGUCUCCUCCAAGAACCGCAAGGCCAUUGUGGAAAGAGCAGCCCAGCUGGCCAUCAGGAUCACCAAUCCCAAUGCCAGACUGCGCAGUGAGGAAAAUGAAUAG